CUCAGUCCAAUCCUUUAUACGUUUCUUUCUCCUCUGGUUUCGUGUUCUAUCAGCCAUGGCAGAUACUCAGCAGAAAAAGCCCGAGGUUUUUGAACUCAACAAUGGAACUAUGCAGGUUAAGAUUAGCAACUAUGGCUGCACUAUCAUCUCCUUGUGCGUGCCCGACAAAGAUGGAAAGCUUUCCGACGUUGUCCUAGGAUUCGAUUCUCUCGAGCCCUACUUGCAAGGUGCUGCACCAUUCUUUGGUUGUAUUGUGGGUAGAGUAGCUAAUAGAAUCAAAGAUGGAAAAUUUACAAUCGAUGGAACUGAAUACUCAUUGGGUAUCAAUAAACCCCCAAAUAGUCUCCAUGGUGGAUUCAAGGGCUUUGAUAAGGUUGUUUGGGAAGUUGUCGACUAUAACCAGGGCGAGAAUCCCUCCAUUACAUUUAAGUAUCGCAGUUACGAUGGGGAGGAAGGUUACCCUGGUGAUGUCUCCAUAACCGCAACCUACAAACUAACUUCGAAGACAACAUUAAGACUCGACAUGGAAGCAACACCCGAAAACAAGCCAACUCCGAUAAACCUAGCCCAACACACAUACUGGAACUUAGCUGGUCACAACUCAGGAACAAUUCUAGACCACACGAUUCAAAUCUCCGCACAACACGUCACUCCAGUGGACGAAAACACAGUCCCAACCGGCGAAAUCACACCCGUCAAAGGAACACCCUUCGAUUUCACAGUCGAAAAGAGAGUUGGUGAAUCAAUUCACGAAGUUGUUGGUUUAGGGUAUGACCACAAUUAUGUUCUAGAUUGUGGUGAAGAGAAAGGUGGCUUGAAACAUGCUGCUAAAGUGAAGGACAGGUCUAGUUGUAGGGUCUUGAAUUUAUGGACAGAUGCACCGGGUGUGCAGUUUUACACAGGUAAUUAUGUGAAUGGAGUUGUUGGUAAAGGUGGGGCUGCUUAUGGGAAACACUCUGGUCUUUGUUUGGAAACGCAAGGGUUUCCCAAUGCGAUAAAUCAAUCGAACUUUCCUUCUGUUGUUUUUAGGGUUGGUGAAAAGUAUAGGCAUAGUAUGUUGUUUGAGUUCUCUUUGGAAUAAAUGAAACUGUGGUUUAUGGGAAAGUGAGAGUAAGUAGAAGGGAAUAAAAUUUGGAUAUGGUAUAUGAAGAGUUUAGCAAUAUCUUUGAUGAUACUUUGGAUUUGGAUGAUUAUAAUAAAUUUAUUUUGAGAAAGUU